AUCAGUUGAUAAUAAAUUUGUGAAUUUUUCCCAGUUUGAUUCAAAUUUUUGAAAGUAAUAAAAUUCAGAAAGUGAACUGAAAGUAGCAUUAGUGUUUUACUAAUGUUUCAGUUUAGCCUAAGUCCCGAAAGGGCAAACCACCGGAAACCCAGUGUGCCAAUGAUAGCAGCGGUGCUACUGCUAUGGAGUGCUAUCUCAGUAGACCUGUCUUCGUCUACCUUCUGUGAGAGGUAUGAAAUGGGGGACUUGACUGCCUCUAUGUUGCCUCUUCUGGGACUGCAAAUGGAGGAUGUCUUCUUGACUAACUCUUCCACAGGCGAUGAAGUGUUCUGUGUGAAGGACCUGCCCAAUGACUACUUCCCGGUUCCGAUGGAAUACGCAGAGAAGAUGUACCUGGUAGAGCAUGAUCCCAAUCUGAGAAAGUGCAAAUACCAAGGCGAGCUUCCGGACAGUCGCUACUUGAUCGCCCAGUUCAAGGCGGACGAGUCUAUUCCAGAGAAGUGUUGCCAGGGAUACCAGGGAGAUGACUGCAGCGAUGAGAUCAUAGACUAUGAGAAGCCAGGACUUCCAGGAAGUGUGAGCAGUGUGAAGUGGAAUGAGAAGGAGUACAAGAAGUUCAUGCUCGACUCCGGACUCAUCGACAAGAAAUACAAUCCCACUCUCUCUGAGGAUAGACAAGUGUGCUCUUGUGAGUCCUACUCGCCCUUCAACGUCAGAUCCUUCGACGGACACAUCUUCGCCUUCCAACCCAGAGAGAACAGCUACCUAAUGUCCCAGUUCAACAGAGAGGAUGGCACCCCCUUCUUCGAAUUCGUCACUGCAUUCAUGCUGAGCCAGGGCAAGAUCAAGAAGAAGCUGGUGUUCCGAGCACAUAUCAGUGACACGAAGAGGUAUGAGUUUGAGUUCAUGGACGGAGUGGUGAGACAACGAGACCUCAUGAACAGCUCAGCCCAGUACGAGGACAUCAGUCUGGACAGAAGUGAGUACAUAGAUUCCAACAUCCGACUCAACAAGGAGAGCAGUGAAUUCUGGGUGCUCUAUCUCAAGCCACAUGUCAGACUCUACUGGAACGGAAAGACCUCUUGGAGUCUGAGACUGGAUUGUGAAGAGUACGAGGGUGGCACUUUUGGAAUGUGUGGCAACAACGACUACGACCCCCUCAAUGACAACAAAGAGAUCGGCUACGAGGAGAGCAAGGCUGGACACAAGACUGCCGACGGACUGGCCAACUACUGGCUAGAGUUCAUGAAGGAAACUCCGAGAGAGUACCUUGUGACCUACCGUGACCCCGACUAUCCCUGCAUCAGGACAGAACAGGGGGAGGAGUCUUUCUGGAGACAGGCAGUCAGUGCUUGUGCCCCCCUCGAGACUGGCAUCUACAGGAACUGCUCAGCAAAAACCGACACCGUGGACGUGAAAGAGUACAUGAAGAUGUGUAUGGCCACUUACUGUCUCACCACAGACGUUGACAGAGCAGAGGAAGUGUGUCAGAUAUUCGAGGCAUAUCACACUGUCUGUGUGUCCAACACACUCUGUAACCAGGAGAUCGAAUCCAACGGAUGUCCCCACCACUGUGCCCGCAGAAAUGAGAUGUACACUUCGAUCGGCCCCGGAGUUCAACAAAUGUGUGGACAGCUGCCAAGUGCAUACAUUACUGCGCUCAAGUCUGUCGAUGACGAAGACCGUGUUCCCGGGUGCUACUGUGCACAGGGGUUCGUGAGAUCCAACCAGCCCCCCUACGACUGUGUCAAGAGUGAGGAUUGCGUGUGUCUGUAUGAUGACAAGACAUACAUGGUCGACGAGUACAUCACCAAGGACUGUCAGAGAUGUUUGUGUAAAGAGUAUGGAAUUUGGGAGUGUGAAGAGUACCCGUGUGAGAAGACCUGUUCUGUAGUUGGACACCCAAACUACGCCACCUUCGACGGAUACUAUUUCCAGUACCCCUCCACAUGUGAUGUUGUGCUGAUCGACGACAGCGAGUCCGAGGGAUUCCGACUCUGGGCGACUACUGAGAAGAACGAGUACUGUGGCCAACACGACUCAUUCGGAUGCUACAAAGGAGGUCGUCUUGUGUUGGACUACACUUCUAAGACUCCCAAAGUGAUCUCCUUCGACAGGAGUGGAGUGAUGCUGGAUGGGUACAAACUGUCCUCCGUGGGAAAGAACUCUAGAAUGAUCAUGUCUUCGGCAGCUAACCCGGCCUGCAGCAGUGUGGAGUUGAACAGUCCCACGGAGCAGUGGCUGAGGAUCCUCAUCUUCUGCGAGGGCAGGGGAGUCAUCAGGAUCAUGUACAACUGGAUGAAUUACAUCUACAUCAAGGCCGGAUCUGGAUUCGAAAACUCAGGGUUCAUCGGAUUCUGCGGUACCUUCAAUGGAAACAGACACGACGAGUUCACAGGGAAGAGUUCUAUGCUUCUGUCAGAUGCACACGCCAUGGGAGUUGAGUUCUCGAACACCAAACCACCCAUCUCAGACGAGUGCAAGAACCUCCCAGGCUCCAUGGCGCCCAUGUUCUGCGACCGAGAUGCAUUGGACGACGGGACUUCUCUGGUUGACCACUGCAACGUGUUCUCAGACACCGGAGAUGAGAUCUUCUCUUGCCUCAACAACUACAUGAACACUGACAGCGACAGAGACUUCGGAUACUUCAAGACCAUGUGCUCAAGCAACGCAGCCUGCAACUACGACUCUGAGGCGCCGGAUGACUACCAGAAGAUGACCUUCUGUACUGCUCUGGACGCCUAUGUACAGCAGGCCCUGGAUAAGGCCAUGCUGUCUGGAGAGAGCUGUGGUCUUCUGGAAAAGGAUGGAGCAGACUGGAGAAGUAACUUCGCCAUGUACAAGAAGUACUGCUCACCCUCGUGUUCGCACGGUGAGCUGAAGUUCAAGCAGGUGAUCAACACUUGCCAGAGUGUGACGUGCAAAGAAGUGAGCAAGUACGGGGGACUGAAUCUGACUGCUUCCAGAUGUAGCCAGGACCAUCUGCCAGGGUGUGAGUGUGACUCGAAGGAUAUGGUGUUGGACGAGGAGGAGAGGAGUUGUGUGAUGCCUGAUCAGUGCAAGUGUAUCUUCGAUGGAAAGACAUACGACAAAGGAGUCGUCAUCUCCCCCUAUGGAGUGCAGCACCUGAAAUGCGGAGAGGGUGUUUGGAAGAUCCUGGACGCUUGUCCCGAUAUGAGUUCCAAGGAGGCCAAAAGUUUCUGCCGAGACGGAUUCAUUUACAGACAAAACUACAGCAGAUGCCAGGAGACGUGUGAUGACGUCAGAUACGGAAACUUCCACGAGUUGGCUGGGGACGACAUGUGUGGUGAGAUUGCAUGUGGGUGUGUGUGUCCAGCUGACAAAGUCCUCUCCGAUGACGGGCAGUCGUGUGUUCCGAGGAGCCAGUGUCCCUGCAAGGACAACGAGGGAAAUCUGUUCCAGAUCGGAGAAUUCUUGACAAGGGGAUGCAAAUCAUGUGAGUGCCAGAGCUCUCGCUGGAUCUGCAACGAAGACAACUGUCCCAAGAGUUGCCAGGCAUGGGGAGAUCCACAUUACAUCACCUUCGACGGGGUCAAGUACAACUUCCAGGGCAGCUGCAAGUACUCUUUGAUGCAGUUGUUCGACUCACACGAUAACGACAAACUCAUCGUCCAUAUUACGGCCGAAAACCAACCCUGUGGAACAACAGCCGCAACAUGCACCAAAGACGUGGAGAUUGCAUUCGGAUACGGAGCAGAAACAGACACAAUCUUCCUCCAACGAGAGGCUUCCCCCUUCGUGAAUGACGAGGAGGCAGUGCUGGUGAGUAAACAGUACCCCAUGUUGGAUGGCAGAGGGUUCUUCUACCUCAGCAGAAGCGACGAGAGACAUGUCGAGAUUGAGUUGCAGUUCGACAGCGACCUUCACAUUCAAAUCAGAUGGGACGGACGAACGAGUGUGAGCAUUGAUAUUUCUCCCAGGUUUUCUCACCACAACACCUCCAGUCAGUUCCACUACAGUGGUCUCUGCGGAAACUUCAACGGAAAAGAGGUGGACGACUACACCAAGUCUGAUGGUAGUCUGGACACUGAUGUGGCUCUCUUUGCUGGCUCUUGGGCCCUGGAAGGAUGCAGUCCCGAAGAAGCCGUAGAAGACGAUGGAACCAGCAAGCACCCCGAGCGACAAUCGUGGUCGGAGAAAGUGUGUAAUGACUUCGUCUACGGAGACGUCCUCAAGGAUUGCAGAGCAGCCAUGACAGCUCAAGAGGUCAUUGACAAGUUCCUUGAACCCUGUAUGACUGACACGACAAACUGCGACACUGGUGGUGACUGUGAGUGCAAAUGUACUCAAUUCGAACACAUGAUUGACACGUGUGAGAAACUACUCAAACCCAAGCAGCCAUUUGACUGGAGGGACAACAACCACUGUCCCAUCAUGUGCAAGGCGCCCGAGACAUACACAGUGUGUGGCCCAUCGGUGAGGCCGACCUGUCGUGACCCGAACCCCGUUCCACCUCCAGGCACCUCUGACCAGUGCAGUGAAAUGUGCGCAUGCGAAGUGGGAUUUCUAUACGACGAAGACGACCACGAGUGUAAACCCCCAUCGGAGUGCUCGUGUUACGAGAAGAUGUCCGACUACGAUGUGGACAACUUCGUCCCGUUUGGACACAAGUUCCUACACAACUGCAUGGAAUAUGAGUGCACGAAUGGCAGCUUAACGAAGACUAUGGUUCCCGGCUGUCAGAUCGAGUGUGAAGCCCCUCAGUUCCUGUGCAAGGGAUGGGACUUCGAGAUCUGUGCCCCUGGGAAGACCAAGUGCGACGGCAUCUGCGACUACCCUCCCGGAUGUUGCGACGAGUGGAACUGCACUUUUGUGGAGCCAGUGUGUCAAGGUGACUACCAUUGCGAUCUCAACUCCACUUGUUACGACGAAGACAGUAUCUGUGAUGGAAUCCCAGACUGCGAUGAUCUGUCGGACGAGCAGGACUGUGGCUGCAACUGUGACUCAGACGAAGGUAUGGCCCUAUGUCCCCAGGGAGACAUAACUGUGAAUGGGAUGCCAGAGUGCAUCUGCUACAACCUCACUCUAGACGUGUGUGACAAGACAUGCGACUGUCUCGACUGCUCCGACGAAUACAACUGUUUCAAAUGUGAAGUGAACAAAUUCAAGUGUAACGACACCAACCACUGUGUGCCGGACGAGAAAGUGUGUGAUGGGUGGAUGGACUGUUUCGACGGCAGCGACGAAGAGGGAUGCGUCACCACACCCGCCCAAAUCAAGCACAGGUGUGAGAAGGAGGAUCUGGAGGAGUUUGUGUUCGACGAGGGAACAGACGUGGUCGCUAUUUCUGACUUGGUAGAUGCAGCUGACGAAGGAAUAGAAACAGUCCAAUACUCUCUCGUACUGCCACAGGAAGUUGAGGGUGAACUGACACAAGUGGACGAGGUUACCCUGGACUCCAAAGUGGGACUCCUCCGAUUCACAGUGGGAGUGGCAGAGGAAGAGCUCGGAUUCGGAUUCUUCUACAUCCAGAUCGACCCAACAUCACCUGACCAGCAGAUCACGUUCACACCCAGUCCUGCAAAUGCUACUGAGUUCACCUCCGACAAGCCCUUCAUCUACUCUGACAUUGGACCUCCACUAGAGACCACUGAGUUGCUCAUCACUGUCAAAGUUCCCAUGCUUCUGUCAGCUUCUGAUGACAGUGAGGAGGAAGCUGCCACAAUUGUAGUCAGUGGAUGCUCAAAGGUGCCUACAACAACCACAGCUGCCACCACCCCAACAACAGUAGCCCCAUGUGCCGAGGGCAACCUGACCCCAAUGACACUUGCAGACACCUCUGUCUCCUUCACAGACGGAUCCGAGCCCUCUUCUGUCGGAGUUUCCAACAGUGACGAUGGUAGUGAGGACAAAGUGGUGGAUGCUUUCGGAGUAGAUUUGAGUGUGGCUGAAAGUGUCGCUAUCAAGUUGGAAGAUCCCACUGAGUUGGCGCAGCUGCUGAUCCAGACAAAUGACACUGUGAAGUUCUCUGUUGUGGUGAAGACAUCUGGCGAGGAUUUCUUCGAAGUGACCGAGGAUGGUCUCGAGGCACUCCCAGAGGACUUCGACUCACUCGACCUGAACACGGAGCUGUUCGAAAGUGCUACUUCUAAUGACACUGCAAUCAUCGACUUGUCCGACUAUUUCCCCAUCGACGAACUGACCGAUGUGGUCGAAGUGAUCCUCUUCCUAGAUGACACUGAGGAAAAAGUUGUGUUGGUUGAGUCCAUUGAGGUCAUCGGUUGUGCAUAUGGAACAACUACUACCCCCACCAGUGGUUCGACAACUUCUUCAACCCCUCCCCCCGCAACGUGUGAGCACGGAGAGCCAGAGCCAGAGGACAGUCUGGGCAACGAGGAGAGCAUUGUUGAGACAGACAUUCUGACCGAAAGCACAGAGUACCUGUUUUUGGAUGACAACUUGGACCUAGCUGGACUUGAGAUUCUGACUGGAGGAUCAUCUGACAAGACAUUCACAGUGAAAGUGGAGUUGACAGACAAAGAUGGAAACCCAGUCUCGCCUACCACAACCGGAAGAGACAUCGACACUUUGGAACUGACAGUAGGAGAGACUUUCCUGGUUGAGUUUGUGGCGGUUGUUGAAGUGGCAGUGAUCGAAGUUGUCUUGGUCAGUGUGGAUCCCCCAGAGGAACUGGAAUCCACCAAGGGUCUGGACAUCAGAAUCACUCCAUACAUCUGCAAAAAGCCCCCAGUUUGUGAAGAGGAUACUACUAAGCUGGUGGGUCUCGCCAAGAGGGGGGCAUUCAGUGACUCCUCGGAAGAAGAGUCUGGCUUCGAAGUGUUCAAUCUAGGGGACGACUUCCGUCCGCUGGUCGGUCUGGACGUGAAAGUAGAAGGCGAUUCCAGCAGUUUGUUUGUGGUCAAGUUCGAAUUGUUUGACGAGGAGGGAAAUGAAGUGAUCCCUGAUGUUCUGUACCACGACAUCACUGAAGUGAAACUGUCCAGCCCCUUGGAUAUCUCGUUCGAGUUCUCCGAGGAGGUGGAUGUGUCCAAAGUAGAAGUGGUGUUAGUCAGUGUCCAGCCUGCCCCAUCUGAAGAAGGCGGAGUAGUGGAGGUGGGAGAAGAACAGACAAUAAUUGUCAAGGUCACACCUGUCAAGUGCACGUCAGAAACAACGACAAUUGCCACAACUUCGUCUUAUGGCACAACAAUAACACCAUGUCCAAUCGAUAUGUCAACGCUUCCGCCACCAAACAAAAAAACAACGACUACACCUGCGCCCCCAAGCCCAACCACUUCAACUACAAGUGCCCUUCCUCCUGCCACAACAUCAGGCGCUGUCGCGACAACAGGCGAAGUCCCUGUUUCAACAACCACAGGACCAGUUGCGACAACAACCGGUUUGGCUCCUGCUCCGACAACGACAGCAGCUUUCUUGACAACGUCAGGUGCUGCUCCUGCUCCGACAACCACUGGCGCUGCUCCUGCUCCGACAACCACAGGCGCUGCUCCUUCUCCAACAACUGGCAUAUUUCCACCUCCGACUUCUUCGGAGGCAGUUCCUGCUCCGACAACUACAGGCGCUCCUCCAGCUCCAUCAACAACAGGUGCUACUCCAGCUCCGACAACCACAGGCGCUGCUCCUGCUCCGACAAGCACUGGCGCUGCUCCUGCUCCGACAACCACAGGCGCUGCUCCUACUCCAACAACAGGCAUAUUUCCGCCUCCAACUUCUUCGGAGGCAGUUCCUGCUCCGACAACUACAGGCGCUCCUUCCGCUCCAUCAACAACAGGUGCUACUCCAGCUACAGCAGCAACACCAGCUGCUCCAGCCACGGCUGCAACACCAGGAGCACCUGCAACUCCAGCAGCACCUGCGACAGCGGCAACUCCAGCAGCACCGGCAACACCAGCAGCUCCAGCCACGGCUGCAACACCAGCAGCUCCUGCAACUCCAGUAGCUCCAGCAACAGCGGCAACCCCAGCAGCACCUGCAACAGUGGCAACACCUGUAGCUCCUGAAACUCCAGCAGCACCGGCUACACCAGCACCUCCAGUCACAGCGGCAACACCAGCCACACCUGGCGCGCCAGCAACAGCGGCAACACCAGCAGCUCCUGCUACUCCAGCAGCACCUGCAACAGCGGCAACUCCAGCAGCACCAGCCACGGCUGCAACACCAGCAGCUCCUGGAACUCCAGCAGCA